UCGGGCGGCUGGCCGGGCGGCUCCCACCUGCCCGCGCGCGAGAGGGGCGGCUCCGUGGUCUUGCCCCCGCCCCUCCCCCGCUCGCUGCCCCCGCCCCUCCCGCGCUCGCUUUCUCCCUCCCUCCCUCCUUCCCUCCGCGGGGCUCCGGCGGCGGCGGCGGCGGCGCUCGGCGCGGGCAGGUCCCCCUACUGCCCAGUCCCAUUUGUUGCCGAGUCCGGCUCGGAGCGGCAGCGGCGUGCGGAGCUCCCGGGAGCGCGGCGGGGCAGCCGCACAGCCACGACGGAGCAGCCGCGGGACUGGCCGCCCCGCGCCCCCUUCGCCGCCGUGCCCUUCCCCGGCGCGCUCACCCCCUUCUCAGGAUGGGAUUGUAGCGGAGGCGCGGACUCCGCGGGGAUCGCGGCGGAGGAGGCGGCGGCGGCGGCCGAUCGGGGCUCCAUGUUUUCCCCUGGCCAGGAGGAGCACUGCGCCCCCAAUAAGGAGCCGGUGAAAUACGGGGAGCUGGUGGUACUGGGGUACAAUGGUGCUUUACCUAAUGGAGACCGAGGCCGGAGGAAAAGCAGAUUUGCUCUCUAUAAGCGGCCAAAAGCGAAUGGAGUCAAACCCAGCACGGUCCACGUGAUAUCCACGCCGCAGGCAUCCAAGGCUAUCAGCUGCAAAGGUCAACACAGUAUAUCGUACACUCUGUCAAGGAAUCAGACUGUGGUGGUGGAAUACACGCAUGAUAAGGAUACGGAUAUGUUUCAGGUGGGCAGAUCAACAGAAAGCCCUAUCGACUUCGUUGUUACAGACACAAUUUCUGGCAGUCAGAACAACGAUGAGGCCCAGAUUACACAAAGUACCAUCUCCCGGUUUGCCUGCAGGAUUGUCUGCGACAGGAAUGAACCUUACACCGCACGGAUAUUCGCAGCCGGAUUUGACUCUUCCAAAAACAUAUUUCUUGGAGAAAAGGCAGCGAAAUGGAAAAACCCCGACGGCCACAUGGAUGGGCUCACUACUAAUGGCGUUCUCGUGAUGCAUCCCCGAGGGGGCUUCACUGAGGAGUCCCAGCCUGGGGUCUGGCGUGAAAUCUCAGUCUGUGGAGACGUGUACACCCUGCGAGAAACCAGGUCAGCCCAGCAAAGAGGAAAGCUGGUGGAAAGCGAGACCAACGUCCUGCAGGACGGCUCCCUCAUCGACCUGUGCGGCGCCACGCUCCUCUGGAGGACGGCGGACGGCCUGUUCCACACCCCGACGCAGAAGCACAUCGAAGCCCUGCGCCAGGAGAUCAACGCCGCGCGGCCGCAGUGCCCCGUAGGGCUCAACACCUUGGCCUUCCCCAGCAUCAACAGGAAGGACGUGGUGGAGGAGAAGCAGCCCUGGGCCUACCUCAGCUGCGGCCACGUGCACGGCUACCACAACUGGGGCCACCGGAGCGACACGGAGGCCAACGAGCGCGAGUGUCCCAUGUGCAGGACUGUGGGCCCCUACGUGCCGCUCUGGCUCGGCUGCGAGGCAGGCUUCUACGUGGACGCCGGGCCCCCCACGCACGCUUUCACCCCCUGCGGACACGUGUGCUCCGAGAAGUCCGCCAAAUACUGGUCCCAGAUUCCCCUGCCUCACGGGACUCACGCGUUCCACGCCGCCUGCCCGUUCUGCGCCACGCAGCUGGUCGGGGAGCAGAACUGCAUCAAGUUGAUUUUCCAGGGUCCCGUGGACUGAUGGCCCCGACAGCCGUGUGCGACUUCAUUAACAAGUUACUGUGAAGAUUUUGCCACUAACUCUAGAUUUUACCUUUUUAUAAUGCUGUUUAUUAAGGGGAGGGGGGACCUGACGCUGGGGGGGGGGGGGGCACGAAGGGGGAGGGGUGUCACGGCGCUGAGACAUGCCCGGAAUUUAAGACCGCAGUGGCGUGGUGCAUGCUCUGAACCGCGGCAUUGUCAUCGAAGUAUGCUUGAUGCAAACAUCCUAUCUUUGUACUAAUUGGAUUAAAAAGGCCAUGCUUUUAUUUUAACCUUGGGUUUUUAAACGAGGCUUUCCUUUGUAAACUUGGAUGAGACUUGAAAUCCUAUUUUACAAAUGCAGACGAAAUUCAUUCAAAAGGCAUUGGCUCUCCUCGUAGGCCCUUGCGUGCUGCGUGGCCUGAGUGGGGACCGGGAGCCUUGACCGAGGCUGGGAGCUGAGCGGCGCCGACUCCGCCGCUGGGUACAACGGGGUGGCGGACGACAGGAGGCCUUAGGCGCGGAGGCCUUGUUCUGAAAGCUGGGGUUUUCGGAUUUUUCUCUUUUUUGGGGGGAAGAGAACAUCCCUCUGCUGCCAUGUUUUGUUUUUACUUUGGUGGAAUUCAGUGGCUUUAUCCACGCAGUCAUCUGAGAACUUGGCAUUUCAAAGAAAUUUCCGUAAUUUUUUAUUCCGCCUUUGGUUUUGUCUUUGAUAACGCCUCGUGCAUGGCCAGAACAGUUUGGUUAAUUAAAAUGCAGCAACUCUUAAAAAUUCCAUAAUCAAGGGGGAUUAUUAUUGCAGCAGUCCGUAUGGCCUAGGUUACUAUACCAUCAAGUUUCUUUGCUUACUGGAUUGUUUAGGAUUUAGGAUUAAAAAUAAGGUUUUACCUUUUAAGAAACCACUUGUUGGGGUUUCCUAACUGUUUGUCCCUUAAGGCGGCCAAAAUUCUGGGAGCCUUGAAGCAACAGCUCACAAGGAUGCAGGCGUUUUGGUUUGCUCACUCCCUGCCAUCUGUCACCUUCUCCUGCAGCGUACGGAGCCCUGUAAGUCUAGAAAAUGUUUGCAAAUCAAACUAAAUUUAAAUGGGAUCAUUAGAUAUACACAACACCACGUGCUACAUCUGCAGAGAUAAUUUGAAAUUCCUGAUUUCAAGAGAGCAAAUGAGUGUUUACUGAGGAAUAAUUAAAUCAGAAUUUCAUAUGAGCGCCACCAUCCUUCUGUUAGUUCUGUUCAUUUUGAGUGAUUCUGGGAUGCUCGUUCUCCGUCCUCGGUACAGAUAGUGUCCCUACUGCCAGAAUGUAAAGAUUUCUAGGCCAGGAGACAGGCGUAGCACAGCUCAUAGACUUGAAGCAGAGCCCUGCCACAUGCAGCAAGUAUUUAUUUAAACUAACAUCCAUUCUACAUUUUAACCUUUUAAGAGUACAGAAUUUAUAGGAUUUUCACAUACUGUGUUCAUACUUGAAUAUCUUUCCAUGCUCUGCCCCCUGGGAAAUAUGUUGCCCUGUUUUCAGUUGUUCUAACCCAUGGUAAAGGUCUUUCUUUCUGAAAGUGAUUAGAUUACCCUUGAUUGCUGCUACUUAUUUGACCUAAUGUCUAAAAAGUUCCGCUCAGUUUAAAAAAAAAAAGCUUUACUUUUCAGAGGAGAUUAUCAUUGAGGAGAUUUUUUUGUUUUGGUAAUUUUUAAGUGAUGUGAAAAUCCAGCAACAGUCCUCUUCUGGAUAGCUUACUCUAUUCUGUAGGUAAUUUCAUUUUCUUUUUGUCUGCAGGGAGAGUAAGUUGUAAUGUAUCAAAUGCCUUUUUAGGUAGUCUCUGUCCCCAAGGAUUAGCUUUCGCUUAGCGUGUCUUUUCAGUUUGUGCUCCUUUGGGCUCCACAAAAUGACAGAAGCGGCAACAGUCCCUUUGCUUGCUGUAUGGCUAGAAGGUGACUGGAGGAGUCUCGAUACCCUAAAAGCAUCUUGUAUGGUAAACAGCCUUGCCUCUAAGCAGGGCUGGAUUUUCCCCAUCAGAAACAUUUCUGGAAAGUUACAAUCUGCUAUAAUCUCCCAUUUCAAGGACUGUUAUAGUUCAGGGUCUAGCAGGUUGAUGUGCAACAAACACAUGGCCCCAAAUAACUUUCCAACUUGAAAUGUUUGUUGUUGUAAAUGGAGAUAACAAAGUAAAAGCUGAACUUGGAGUAGCUCUUUGAAGGGGAGUAACAGUACACUGCCCCCCGUCCACAUUGCGUCUCCUGUGACCUCCAAGUGAGGUCCCCUUGCCCUCUGGGGAAGGAAGAGCAGAGAGGAGCAAGACUGCAAAAAAGAUACCAGGCUCCUCUUGGCCACUUCUAAUAAGAGUCACUUAGAAUUUGACCCAAGGAGUUUCCUCCCAGGUGAAGAGCAGUUCAGUUUGUGAGAAUAAAGAGCUCCAGCUCGACGGAGAAAUGCAAUUUAGAAAAAGUAACUUCUCCAAGGUUACCUCUGUUUUCAUCUUGCUUGCCACGUUAAAGGGUGAGUCCCGCUCUCCCAGGUGUCCACAUAGGAAACUGCCGAUCGAUUAUUGUGAUCUUGGCCUGACCAAAAUGCCUUUGGUGACUAGGUCACCAGAAGUUAAAAAAAAAAAACACCCAGUGAUGUAUUCCUGUAGUUAACUUUUUCCAUUGUCAGUUUACUAUUUUAAAAGAAAAAAGGGUGGAUGGGAUACAAUUCUGAAUAUUUUUCUAGUCCGGAAUUUUUUUAAAUUAAUAAUCGGUGCUGUCGGGUCAUGCAUGCUGCAACUCAGUAUUUCCCUUAUUUGAUUUCGCUUUUUGCAAAAAGGGCUAUAGUUCACAUGGCAGAGUAAAUAUUAAACUUUCUGGGGUUCCCUCCCCCCACCUGUGGCCCAAAAGAAUUAAAAUCUUUUAAUAUAAAUAGCAUAUUUAUCAUUCCUCAAUAGUUAAUUAUAGAGUUUGGUACCUUUGUGCCUCAGGGAAGCCACGUGAUAUAACUGGUUAUAGAAUUUCAGGGUUAGGGUUUAAAGAAAGGAAAAAGCCAUUGGAAAAAUGAUGGGCUCCAUGAAGGAAGCUAAUGAAUCUGGAUGCAGAAAUAUGCUAGGAACUGGCAUACACAUGAUUGUAAUAGAAUUUCUUUCCAGUAUCAAUAGGGAAAGCUUAAGUUAAUUGCAUAUACUGUAUUAGGAAAGUUGAGAACUCUUCCUAAAGCUUCAAUUGCUUUAUUUUUGCUUACAUAAAACUCCAAACACCUGUGUCUGGGAGCUCAGUAUUGUGAUUUGGGCACUUUUGAAAGUUAAAGCGAGCAUAUUUUCUCCUUUUGUCAUAGGUCUCACAAUUUUUACCUGCGGUCUAGGAUUUUGAUCAACUUUUUAGCCAUUCUGUGCUUUGGAUCCGUGUGAAAGGGUGUGUGAUCACGGCAUUGUUCAUGCUGGCUACAAGCUGGUUAUUUUCAUGCAAUUUUGCCUUGUAACAGUGGAAUUUCUGAUAGGCAAACCACAGAACCUUGAUUUUAAGCCAGAUCCAUCUCCAUUCCCUUGGCAGGCGAUCUUCUAGCCCCUAGUUUAGCCUUCAUGGGCUGAGGGUAUGAAGUUCUUUCUCCAGGGCUGGAAAUAGAGCGGAGCUCUGUUAUCGUUUCUUAAUGACCCAAAGGCCAACGAGACAACUCCAGGAUUUUUUUUUUUUUUUUAAUAGAAGAAUGUAAGCAUCGCUAAAGUAGUAAAACAAAAGAAGGUUCAGUGUUUCUAUUCAGUAAAACUUAUAUCCUCUCAAGUUUUCGCCCUCAUGAAGAAGCCCUAGAAGAAGAUAGGACAAAGCAAAUAUUUUUCCAGGUGUACUUAACUGUUUCUAAACAGAAAUAAACUUGAUGAAAGGGAAAUUAUUUCUUUUUAGCUGAGAUGACCGACUGUUUCUCUGUAUUAAAUAGUCUAGAAGUUAAGGGGUGGUCAUAUUUACCAUGUAUAGUGUUAUGAGCAGUUAAAUAUUAUGGAUAUAUUUGUAAAACUCUUCUUUUAUAUUUCAUGUCAAAUUGAAAAGUUUAUUUCUUCACUAUUGUACCUGUGGAAAUACAAGCCAUUUUACAGGGAAAAAAAAUCUUUGAAAAUUAUUAAACAAAUCUCAGUA